CUUCUUCCCUCGUCCUCAUAAUCCCCAAAAUUACAUUCACACCCACUAACGGCUCUCAUUGCUCGGGAAGAAGGGAAAAAUGGUGCAUUCAGUUUCUUGCGCUUGAAACAAUCUCUCUAGGAAUCUGAUCGGUACCUCUUGAUCUCUGUAGAAGGAAAAUGAUGUCAAUGGACGCUUCCAUGGAGGGAAGAAAGGAACUGCAACCUCAGCAGGCGAUCGUGAGAAAGGGGGAUGAAAACGGAAUCGGUUCUUUGACUAUGAGCAGGCUGAGACUGAAGCCUAAUACGGACCACCACCCCGAUAGCUACGAUGACCUCCAAUUGGAUUUCAGUCCCCUCCUCUUCAGCUCCCUUGAGAGGUACUUGCCAUACUCCAUGCUCUCUAUGUCACGGGAUGCUAAGGCUCAGUACAUGAAGGACAUUCUCAACCGAUACUUGCCUGAGAGUGAGCGUAUUCGUAUUCAAGAACUUAAAGGAUACAGGCAGAAGAUUAUAUCGAAUUACAAGAGUAAGCAUCGGGAGCUGUACACAAUGAAUGCAGAAAGCUUCUUUGUCCCUUCGUUUCUCAGAGCCAUUAAAGAGAAUACGGAGGAGAGUUUUAGGAGUAUAAUGGCUGAACAAACUCCAGGAAUUUUCACAUUUGAAAUGCUUCAACCAAAAUUUUGCAGAUUAUUGUUGUCUGAGGUAGAGAAUUUUGAAAGGUGGGUCCAUGCAGUAAAUUGUGGAAUCAUGCGCCCAAAUACAAUGAAUGAAUAUGGUGUCGUUCUAGAUGAUUUUGGCUUUGAAACCAUGCUUGGCCAAUUGAUGGAUGUCUAUAUAAAACCUAUAUCCAAGGUUUUCUUUCCUGAAGUUGGUGGAUCCACAUUGGAUUAUCAUCAUGGUUUCAUUGUUGAAUAUGGAAUUGAUAGAGAUGUUGAGCUUGGAUUUCAUGUGGAUGACUCAGAAGUCACCUUGAACGUCUGCUUGGGAAGACAAUUUUCUGGUGGGCAACUGUUCUUUCGUGGCAUUCGGUGUGAUAGGCAUGUGAAUACAGAAACUAAACCUGAGGAAAUUUUAGAUUAUUCUCAUGUCCCGGGAUGUGCAGUUCUUCACCGUGGGCGACACCGACAUGGUGCUAGAGCCACAACAUUCGGGCAUCGCGUCAACUUAAUUUUGUGGUGCAGGAGUUCGAUUUUUCGGGAGCUGAAGAAAUAUCUGAAAGAUGAUUGCUCAAGCUGGUGCGGGGAGUGCCAACGUGAAAAGAGAGAAAGGCAGCGAUUAUCAAUUGCUGCAACCAAGCUGGAACUUUUAGGCAGAGAAGGAAGAUCUGCUCCUUAAGCUCUUGUCCGUACAAAUUUUGCUUGUGGAAGUUGUAAAGAAGGUGAAUUCACAUAUCCUUACCAGCCCACAGAAAGAAUCCCCCUCUCCACCCCAUCUCUUUAUACACAGGGAUUGAAUGGUUGUGCCUAUUCCUAUUGCCAUCUCUUGAUACACAGGGAAUGAAUGGUUAUGCCUAGUCUUAUUGAAAUUAGUACAUUCAGUUGUCUGAUAGUUGUACAUUCACAGCCAACUACCUUUAUUAGUCAACUUGAAAAUAGGCUAUGUUUGGAACAAAUGACAUUUUGUGAAAUUUAUUUCAAAAUUCAUGUUCAUUUUAGCUAGGAGUG